AUGGCUGAGGUGGACGCGAUGCCCACCUUUGGCACAGAGCUCAAGGAUGGCUUCAAACCCGCAAACGUAUGGCUCGGCCAUGGCAUUGCCUGGCUUGACGAAAUCCAGCAAUUCUACCGAGAGCGCGCAGCCAUAGAGAAGGAAUAUAGCGCAAAGCUUAUGGCGCUUUCUAAGAAGUACUUUGACAAGAAGAACAAGAGAACGGCCCAGCUCAGUGUAGGAGACACUCCUGCCAUGACACCUGGUUCGCUGGAGAGUGCUUCUUUGACCACAUGGGCUACCCAGCUUACAACCGUCGAGACCCGCGCCGGCGAACACGAUAAAUACGCCAAUAACCUCAUUUCUCAGGUCGCGGAGCCCCUCAAGUUCUUCGGCGGCCGCUUCGAAGAACUGCGCAAGCGUCACUCUGAUUAUGCCACCAAGCUUGAGCAGGAACGCGAUUCUCAAUACGCCGCGCUUGCCAAGACGAAGGGCAAAUAUGACAACGUUUGCCAAGAGGUGGAGGCUAAGCGCAAGAAGACAGAGGCGCAUUUCGACAAGGCCAAGACCCAGAAUGCUUACCAACAGCAGAUCCUCGAGAUGAAUAACGCCAAGAAUACUUAUAUUAUUGCGAUCAACGUUACGAACAAGCAGAAGGAGAAAUAUUACCACGAAUAUGUGCCCGAAGUUAUGGAUAGUCUACAGGACCUUAGCGAGUUCAAGACGACAAAGCUGAACGGCCUCUGGACGGUUGCGACCAACCUCGAGUCUGACAUGCUGCAGCAGAGUAACGGCAUGGUGCAGCACCAGGGUACCGAGAUUCUUAGGAACUUGCCUCAUCUCGACUCCAUGAUGUACAUCCAGCACAACAUGGGCGCUUUUAACGAACCCGCCGACAAGCAUUUCGAGGCCAGUCCCGUCUGGCACGAUGAUGGUACUAUGGUGGUGGACGAAACGGCAAAGAUCUUCUUGCGUAAUGUGUUGAGCAAGUCCAAGUCGCAACUGGGAGAACUAAGGAGAGAGGUUGAUAAGAAGCGAAGAGAAGUCGAGAGCGUCAAGCAACUAAAGCAGAGAGUUCGAGAAGGAAAGGAGAAGAAGGAUGAGGUUGAGGUUGUUCGUACGCUCUUCCAGAUGCAAGAGAAUCUGCAUGCGACAGACCGUGAGCGGUUGACAGCCGAGGUUGAAACAUCAACUAUUACAUCUGUCGUGGGGGAUGUGACGCUGGGCGCAAAGAACCACAACUUUAAGAGUCAGACAUUCAAGAUACCCACGAACUGUGAUCUGUGUGGAGACAGGAUUUGGGGUUUGAGCGCAAAGGGCUUUGAUUGCCGAGACUGUGGCUACACAUGCCAUAGCAAGUGUGAGAUGAAGGUUCCCCCUGAUUGCCCUGGCGAACAGACCAAGGAUGAGCGAAAGAAGCUUAAGGCCGAACGACAGGAGGCUGCGAAUAAGCUCCUCAAGCCUAGCACAACGAUGACAUCGGUGCACUCCAACAACUCGGAUGCACCCGAACUUACACGAUCUAAUACUAUGAACUCACUCAGCUCACACUCGGCACGUCCAUCUAUAUCAGGAUCUGCUUCCGGGCAGCUAAGCCCUGCUGAGGAGAACCCACCAGACGCAGCACGACCAAGUAUGUCGUCAACGACAUCUACUACUACUGCGCCCAAGCGAAGAAUUAUGGCACCUCCACCAACAGCUUACAUUAAAGACUCAGGCAGCGAAACGAAUGGUGGUGCGAAGGAAGAGAAGAAGGGCAAGAUGAUGUACCCCUUUGAGGCUACUGGUGAAGGCGAAUUGACAGUGCAAGAUGGUCGGGAUGUGGUGCUACUUGAACCUGAUGACGGCUCUGGCUGGGUCAAGGUUCGAGCAGGAUACAAGGAAGGUCUCGUCCCAUCAUCCUACGUUGAAUUCACCACAGUCGCCUCACCACCCGCCCCAGCGCCUGCCGCACGACCAUCUUCAACCUAUUCCACAUCCACAACAUCCUCCCUAACACAGACACCCAAGAAGAAGGGCCCCGCAGUAGCUCCCAAACGCGGCGCAAAGAAGCUCCGCUACGUAGAAGCCCUGUACGAGUACACAGCCCAGGCAGACACGGAGCACUCCAUGUCUGAAGGCGAGCGCUUUGUCCUUGUGCAGGAUGACCCUGGUGAUGGAUGGGUCGAGGUCGAGAAGGCCGGUGUCACAGGAAGUGUGCCUGCGAGUUACGUGCAGGCUGUCUAG